AUGCCGCCCGCACAAAAGCUCGCGGCCAACCUGAUCGGUAUGCUGGACGCGGAUAUCGGCGCCAACCUCACGGACCCCAUGUUCUUGGGGAGCUACCAUGGCAAGACUGGCGUCCACCCACCUGACCUGGACCGCGUCUUGCAGAGGGCCUGGAGUGCAGGCCUAACACGGAUUGUGAUCACUGCCACCAAUCUGGAGGAAAGCAGGGUAGCACUGGCCCUGGCACGCACAGAUGCCCGGCUAUACUGCACGGCAGGCGUGCACCCCACUCGUUGCGGGGAGAUUGAGGCUGCCCCUGAGGGUGCCGCCGCCUACUGGGAGGCACUGCGCGGCGUGCUGGAGGAGGGGAAGAGGGAGGGGAAGACCGUGGCGGUGGGGGAGUGUGGUCUCGACGGUGACAGGCUGCAGUUCUGCGACAUGGUCACGCAGCAACGCUGGUUCGAGGCCCACUUCCGCCUGGCCGCCGAGGUCCAGCUGCCCAUGUUCCUGCACCUGCGGGCCGCCGCACCUGCUUUCCUCGACACCCUCGCCAGGCAGCCAGCGGGUGCUCUGCGGGGCGUGGUGCACUCUUUCGAUGGGACGCUGGAGGAGGCCCACAAAGUGCUGUCCUACCCGGGCCUCUUCAUAGGACUUAACGGGUGCAGCCUGAAGACAGGCAAGUGCCUGAGGCUGGCGGAGAAUGUCGCGGUGGCGGCUGCCCUCCCGCUGGACCGGAUCCUGCUCGAAACGGAUGCCCCCUGGUGCGAGAUCCGGCCGAGCCAUGCUGCACAUGUUCACGUCCAGACCAGGCUCCAGGUCAGGGACAAGAAGAAGUGGGACCCAGACGCAGCGAUCAAGUCGAGGAACGAGCCCGCCAACCUUCGUCAGGUCCUGGAGGCAGUGGCGGGGGCACGCGGGAUGGAGGCUGGCGCCCUGGCAGCCCAGGUGCAUGCCAAUGCCCUCGCCCUGUUCUUCUCCGGCUGA